AUGACUCCAGCCCUAGUCACCGGCUGGUCACUGGUUGUUCUGGCGGCUAAUUUCCCCUCGAUUCGCGGGGACUCAGAUGUGAAGACGGAUCGAGGAGGGCUCAUCGACCACGCCCCGACUCUCGACAAACCGCUACUCGCCAUCCAGCUGGGCAGCAUCGCCGCCGCCUACGCGAUCUUCGUUGCCAUCCUCCUCGCUCUUCUACUCUUUGUCGGACGGCGGUUGCGUCAGACUGUCCAGUCGUCCAACUAUUCACUGCAGAUGGAGAUGCUGAGGCCCGCCAAACAAACUCUCAGCAUGGAUCCCAGCCCCAUCUCUCCCAUGUCGCAGAACAUUCCCAGCCCAAGCAAGUCCGGCUUCACCAUGUCGUGGGGGAGCCUGGCGAAGGGUGCCAAGGCCUCUCACCCAUCCGCCAACAACAGUGUCGUGACUGUCGAUGAAUCGGUGGUGGCAUCCGAUCGACAGCGAGCACAGGACGAGAUGGAGAAGCUGUACGCCGCGGUCAUGGAAUACGACGAACAAAAGGCAACCGGUGUCGACGUCUCUCUGAAGGAACCAGACUCGUCGCCGGACAGCAACUACUCCAACCCGUUCACGGACCGUGCCGCGUAUGUGCCUGACACCCACUCAAUGCCGCCGCUGAAGUCGCCCAGGACCUCUCGGCUGUCUAAGCUCUUCGCCUCGAACUCGAGCCCCCGACCGGGCGGGGAGCCGAACAAGUUGCGCUCCCCGCGCCUAUCCAAUAUUCGCAAAGCCCAAAUAUCAUCUCCGCUCGCUUCGCCAGAGAUGGUGACUUCGCCCAAACUCUCCUACAUGCAGGACCAGCCGCCGCUGUCACCGCGGAUCUACAACCCCGGGUCCGCGAUGGUUCAAUUUCAGAACCCAUAUUCGAAUCGUGCACGACCACCCGCGCCACUAAGCCUGGCCACUGCCGCAAAACCAUCUUCAUCCACCUCCCUGCCCUUCCGCGAAGCCUAUCCACCGCAGAGUGCACCAGCCACCAAGACGACCAUCUUAGACCGGCCAACCAAGCACCGCAAUGGUCCCAUGACAGGAAUGCCAACGCCGUAUAGUCCAUACAUGCCGUUUACUCCCGUGACUCCAUUUACGCCGGGUCGGACUGUUAACAAGAAGCAGCGAAAACGGGAGGAGAAGGAGAAUGGUCUGCGCGUGUUGAUUGAAGAUGAUCUGGUCAAGGAUGAUAAUGAUAUGUGGGGAUGA